GUUAUCGAGUCAUGUGAUAGUUAAAAAUGGCGGAAAGCGGUGGAUUGAAAGUAAAACAGACUUGUGCCGCUGGCUUGAGUCGUUUUAUAAGUUUUGCAUCAGAAUAUGAUACUCCUAAGAUUGUUCAUGUUAAAAGCAAAAAAGUUGGCUUAGUCAAUCGAUUUGUACAAUUAACUGUCAUUGCGUACAUUAUUGGAUAUGUAAUUGUUUAUAAGAAAGGUUAUCAAGAAUUCGAUGAUGUAGAGAGUGCCACAACAGCAAAACUUAAAGGUGUCAUUUAUACCAAUCUUACAAACAUAUCAGACAGUCUAAAUGAUAUCAUCAAUCAUCGUAUUUUCGAUGUAGCAGAUUAUGUCAUCCCACCACAGGUUGAUAUAUCAAAAGUACGCUAAGAGUAAUUGGUAAAUGUAUAGAUAUGUUUAUUAUAGGAAACUGAUGCAUUUUUUGUAAUGACAAAUAUGGUAUUUACACCCAACCAAACUCAAUCUAUUUGUCCAGAAGACCCUAGUAUGGCUAAUGUAAAUUGUACUGUAGAUAGUGAUUGUCCAAAAGGGGCGCCAGUCAUCAAUGGUAAUGGUGUUAGGACUGGAACAUGUAAUGUUGAAACUAAAACCUGCAAUAUUUAUGCUUGGUGUCCGGUCGAGAAAGAUGUUCUUCCGCUGCCUAAUGAUUCCAUUCUAAAAGAUUCUAAGCGAUUUACUGUUCUAAUAAAGAAUCAAAUUGAAUUUAUUAAGUUUGGGGUGAAGAGAAGAAAUGUUAUUGACAUUAUUAAUGAUAAAAAUUAUUUACGAAAUUGUACAUACUCGAGUACAAGUGAGAUAGAUCGAUUUUGUCCAAUUUUUGAAUUGGGAACUAUUGCAAAAUAUGCUAAAGUCGAUUAUGAUGAAAUAUCCAUUAAAGGAGGCGUUAUUGCAAUUAAUAUAAGAUGGGAUUGUAAUUUAGAUUAUUCAGAAAAGCAAUGCAGACCAGAAUACAGUUUCAGAAGAUUAGACAAUAAGGAUGUAAAUAUAGCAAAGGGACUAAAUUUCAGAUUUGCAAACUAUUAUACCGAUAAUAAUCGAAAUAGUCGAGAUUUGGUCAAAGCUUAUGGUAUUCGAUUUUUAAUUAAGGUUACUGGCCGUGCUGGAAAAUUUAAUAUAGUUCCAUUAUUUUUAAACAUUGGUAGCGGAAUUGGACUUCUCGGCAUUGCGACAAUUCUAUGCGAUUUCCUCAUGGUGCAUUGUUUGAGAAAAGGCUACUAUUAUUAUGACAGAAAAUAUUUUAUAGUUGAAGACGUAGACAAAGAAUUCUCUGAAAGUUAUCAAGAACAAGUAACUAGCAGUCAACUUCAACCGCAAAAUGAAGAAGAGCACGUACGAUCUCGAGUUGGUGAAUACAACAGAUUUAGAGACUAAUUUAGCUAAAAUAAAAAAAUUAUGUUUUAAUACACGAUCAAACUUUAUUUCGAUUUCCUAAAAUCUUCAGUUAUAACAUAGAUGGCG